ACAAAUUACAAAUAUGUUUUAUUUUGAUCUGAAACUCAAAUUCUCUCUCAAUUCAAACUCAAAACCUCUAAAUAUUUUUCAAUAUUAAUAUAAUAAUAAACUUUUCAAUUUUCAGUAAUUCGCAUAUGAAAUUUUUAAAUAAAAAUUUGUAUCAUACGUUAUGAAAAUUGUGUAUGCUAAUGUUUUUAGGUUAUUUCGCAAUCAUAUAAUUCUAGAAUUAUAGCACUUUAAAGGAGCCUGUGCGAAAAAGAAUUCGAUCUAAAAUGGACCAAAAUUUGAAGUGUCGCGAUAAUCCGGUAGUAUUAGUAUUGGAGAGCCCAGAAUUUAAAAAUAUUUUUACUCAAGAAGUUUUGGAUUUAAAACAAUUAUUUGAUAAAUAUAACUAUGAAAUUAGAAUUGCUGGAGGGGCUGUAAGGGAUCUUUUGAUGGGUCAACCAGCUAAAGAUUUAGAUUUUGCCACCACAGCCACACCAGAUCAGAUGAAAGACAUGUUUUCAAAGGAAAAUGUGAGAAUGAUUAAUAUGAGUGGGGAAAAGCAUGGCACUAUCACUCCAAGAAUUAAUGAUAAAGAAAAUUUUGAAGUGACAACCUUAAGAAUUGACUUGGUCACUGAUGGAAGACAUGCAGAAGUUGAAUUUACUAAAGAUUGGAAAUUAGAUGCUAAUAGGAGAGAUCUAACCAUAAAUUCAAUGUUCUUAGGCUUUGAUGGAUCUGUAUAUGAUUACUUUUAUGGAUAUGAUGAUUUAAAAAAUCACAGAGUGGCUUUUGUUGGAGAUGCUGAUGUAAGAAUAAAGGAGGAUUAUUUGAGGAUAAUGCGCUAUUUCCGAUUCUAUGGCAGAAUUGCAGAAAUGCCAAAUAAUCAUGAACAAGAAACUUUAAAUAUAAUAAGAAAUAAUGUAGCUGGUUUACAGAAUGUUUCUGGGGAGAGGAUUUGGAUGGAGUUGAAAAAGAUUCUUCAAGGCAACUUUGCUGGUGACUUAAUAAAAACUAUGCUUAAUGUUGGUAUUGGACAGUUUAUAGGUAUUCCAAAUCCUAAUAUAACUGAGUUGGAAAGGCUACUUAAAAGGAGUAAACAUUUAGAUUUACAUCCAAUGAGUUAUUUAGCAGCCCUGUUAAAUGAUAUUGAUGAUGUGACUUUGUUGAAUGCCAGGCUUAAAUUUUCUGGCUAUGACCGGGACAUGACUUAUUUUAUUGUUGAACAUAGAGAAGAUAAAGAAGCAUCCAGACCAAUGUUGCCAUAUGAAAAACUAAUUUUAAAUACGAAAAUUAAGCAAAAGGAUGCUGUGGAAUAUGUACAAGAAGUCCUUAAAUAUAGAGGUGAUGAAAAUCUGCUUGAACAAUUAAAAAACUGGGAGAUACCAAUAUUUCCAGUAAAAGGAAAAACAUUAAAAGAUAAUGGAGUGCCACCUGGUAAGAUGUACGGAAGAAUUAUUGAAAAAUUAAAGAAUAUAUGGAUUGAUAAUGAAUAUAAGCAAACAUGUGAUGAUUUGGUCAAAUUGAUCCCUAGUGUAAUUGAUGAAUGUAAAACUAAAUAAAGUAAUGUAUUAAAUAAAA